UGUACUUCCCUCCGAUCUGCUCUCUGCUCUAUACUCCGCUGCCGACUCCACACUGCUUAGCUUCCCCACCACCAACUCCUCUCCGUCUCCGUCCUCUUCUUCGUUUCAUGAACUCAGUCGUCAACUGCCACCUAGGUUGACGGUCGCGUGAUUUCAAAAUGCAUAUAAAGCAGAUUAUAAUUGAAGGAUUUAAGAGCUACAGAGAACAAGUUGCUACUGAGCCAUUCAGUCCAAAAAUCAACUGUGUUGUGGGUGCUAAUGGGUCUGGAAAGACAAACUUCUUCCAUGCAAUCAGGUUUGUACUAAGUGACCUUUACCAAAACCUUCGGAGUGAUGAUCGGCAUGCUCUACUCCAUGAAGGUGCAGGGCACCAAGUCUUAUCUGCGUUUGUGGAGAUUGUCUUCGAUAACUCUGACAAUCGAAUACCGGUCGAUAAGGAGGAAGUGCGGUUGCGAAGGACAAUUGGUUUGAAGAAGGAUGAAUAUUUCUUGGAUGGAAAGCACAUCACGAAAACUGAGGUUAUGAAUUUACUGGAAAGUGCUGGGUUCUCUCGAUCCAACCCAUAUUAUGUUGUGCAGCAAGGAAAGAUAUCAUCCUUGACACUGAUGAAAGACUCUGAGCGACUUGAUCUACUUAAGGAAAUCGGUGGCACUCGAGUUUAUGAGGAAAGACGUCAAGAAAGUUUGAAAAUCAUGCAGGACACUGGUAACAAAAGAAAGCAGAUAAUUCAAGUUGUUCAGUACUUGGAUGAGAGAUUAAAGGAACUGGACGAAGAGAAAGAGGAACUUAGGAAGUAUCAGCAGCUUGACAAGCAGCGAAAAGCUCUGGAAUACACUAUAUAUGACAAGGAACUUCAGGAUGCUCGCCAAAAGCUGGCAGAGGUAGAAAGUUCUCGAAAUAAGGUUUCUGAGAAAUCAACAAAGAUGUAUAAUAGCGUGCUGGAUGCCCAUGAAAGGUCCAAGGACUUGGAUAAGACUUUGAAAGAUCUGACAAAAGAGCUUCAGACUCUACAUAAGGAGAAAGAAGCAGUAGAAAAACGAAGAACAGAAGCAAUAAAGAAACACACUGAGCUUGAGCUUGAUGUCAAAGAUCUACAGGAGAAGAUAUCUGGAAAUAUUCGAGCCAAAGAAGAUGCUGGGAAACAACUAGGAAGUCUGGAGAAAGAGAUUCAGGAUUCAAUGGAUGAGCUUCAGAAGAUAAGUCCUCUGUAUGAGAAUCAAGUCAUGAGGGAAAAGGAGAUAACAAAGGGAAUAAUGGAGCGGGAGAAGCAGCUUAGCAUACUUUAUCAAAAACAAGGUCGUGCCACGCAGUUUUCAAGUAAAGCUGCUCGUGAUAAAUGGCUUCAAAAGGAAUUUGAUGAUCUUGAGAGAGUUCUUUCUGCAAAUUUUGCACAGGAGAAAAAGCUUCAAGAUGAAAUUAAACGUCUUAAUGCUGAGUUGAAUGAGCGGGGCGUUUACAUUGAAUCUCGAAGAAAUGAAAUCACUCACUUGGAGUCUCUCAUCUCUCAGUCACGUGAAGGAUUCAGUCAUCAUAAAGCAGAGAGGGACAAGAUGCAGGAUGAGCGAAAGACGCUAUGGAAGAAAGAAACUGAACUUUCUGCUGAAAUUGAAAAACUGACAACAGAAGUUGAGAAGGCAGAGAAGAGCCUUGAUCAUGCAACUGCUGGUGACUUGAGGAGAGGGCUAAAUUCUGUUCGUAAGAUAUGCAGAGAGUACAAUAUUCCUGGGGUAUUUGGUCCUAUUAUUGAGUUGCUUGAUUGUGAGGAGAAGUUCUUCACUGCAGUGGAAGUCACAGCUGGGAACAGCUUAUUCCACGUUGUGGUUGAAAAUGAUGAAAUAUCAACUCAGAUAAUAAGGCACCUCAAUUCACUGAAGGGUGGACGUGUUACAUUUAUCCCCUUAAAUAGGGUUAGGGCUCCAAGGGUAAAUUAUCCACAAAAUUCAGAUGUGGUUCCUUUACUAAGGAGGUUAAAAUUUCUUCCUGAGUACACUGCUGCGUUUGCUCAGGUAUUUGCAAGGACGGUUGUUUGUCGAGACUUGGAUGUAGCCACAAAAGUUGCUCGUACCGAUGGUCUAGACUGCAUCACUUUAGAAGGAGAUCAAGUCAGCAAGAAAGGUGGAAUGACAGGAGGAUUUUAUGAUCAUAGACGCUCAAAAUUGAAGUUUAUGAAUCUGAUCCGACAGAAUACAAAAUCUAUCAACUUGAAAAGGGAAGAACUCGAGAAAAUCAGGGCAAUGCUUCAAGAGAUAGACACGAAAAUUACAGAACUUGUAACUGAGCAGCAGAAAAUUGAUGCUAAGCGAGCUCAUGACAAAUCAGAAAUGGAACAGCUAAAGCAGGACAUUGCAAAUGCUCAUAAGCAGGAAAGUUUGAUUUCUAAAGCACUUGGGAAUAAGGAAAAAUCACUUGCCGAUGUGCGGACUCAAAUUGAUCAGGUUAAAGCUAGUAUGGCCAUGAAGUGGGCUGAAAUGGGCACUGAUCUAAUUGAUCAUUUGAAUCCAGAGGAGAAGGAUCUUCUCUCAAGAUUGAACCCUGAAAUAGCAGAUCUUAAAGAGAAGCUUAUUACAUGCAAGGCAGACCGAUCUGAGACUGAAGCAAGAAAGGCAGAGCUCGAGACUAAUUUAACUACGAACCUUAAGAGGCGGAAGCAAGAAUUAGAGGCAAUAAUUUCUUCCGUGGAAACUGAUAAUAUGCAUGGUGAAGAUGAAAUAAAAAUUCAGGAACUGAAUGAUGCUAGAUCAUUGGUUGAGGAUGCAACAGAGCAGCUCAGACGAGUUUCUGAAAGUAUUGAUGGUCAGUCGAGGCAAUUGAGGAAAACUAAGGAUGAAAAGACUAAGUUGAAGACCUUGGAAGACACCUAUGAGAGUACACUCCAGGAUGAGGCGAAAGAGCUAGAGCAGCUACUGAGUGAAAGAAAUAUGUAUCUUGCUAAACAAGAAGAGUACUCAAAGAAAAUCAGGGAAUUGGGUGCGUUGUCAUCAGAUGCUUUUGAAACGUAUAAGCGAAGGAACAUCAAGGACCUGCAUAAAAUGCUGCACAGAUGCAAUGAGCAACUGCAACAGUUCAGUCAUGUCAAUAAGAAAGCACUUGACCAGUAUGUGAAUUUUACAGAACAACGUGAAGAACUCCAAAGAAGGCAAGCUGAACUGGAUGCAGGUGAUGAGAAAAUUGCAGAACUUAUAUCUGUCUUAGAUCAAAGGAAGGAUGAAUCAAUAGAACGCACCUUUAAAGGUGUUGCUAGGAAUUUUCGUGAAGUUUUCUCGGAACUUGUGCAAGGUGGCCACGGCCAUCUCCUCAUGGUGAAAAGAAAGGAUGGUAUCCAUGCUGAUGAUGAUAUGGAUGAGGACGAUGGACCAGCGGAAACAGAUAGAUCAGAAAAAUAUAUUGGUGUGAAAGUAAAGGUUUCUUUCACUGGGCAAGGAGAGACCCAGUCCAUGAAACAAUUGUCUGGUGGUCAGAAAACUGUUGUUGCAUUGACGCUUAUCUUUGCAAUCCAGCAAUGUGAUCCUGCUCCUUUCUAUCUUUUUGAUGAAAUAGAUGCAGCACUGGAUCCUCAGUACAGAACUGCUGUUGGAAAUAUGAUCCGACGCCUGGCAGAUACAGAAACUACUCAAUUUAUAACCACAACAUUUCGACAAGAGCUUGUGAAAGUUUCUGACAAAAUAUAUGGUGUAACACAUUCAAACAGGGUGAGCCGAGUCAACGUUAUCUCGAAGGAAGAAGCAUUGAACUUUAUUGAUCAAGACCAGUCUCACAAUGCUAACUAAAAGGGCUUAAUAGAAGGAAAAUGGAGCACCUGCAUUUGGUUCAUGUGUCAUAUUCUUGUUGUAGCUGUCUGCUGAAUUCAAACACAGAUGAGGGAGUCAGAUGUUGUACAAAGUAGGCUUAUGCUCUGGCUCAAGAUUCAAGUUGCUGAACCACAAUCUUUAUCCAUCUCCUGAUGCUUGUUUAUAAGAUAUAUUGAUCGUUUGUAUUAACACUUGACUACAGCAUACAUCUAAAAUUUGAAUAUUACCUUAAAA